GCUAACGCUGCCUGUCCAUCUCGCGUUCCCUACUGCCACUGGCCACCUCACACCGUCUUCUCGCGUCGCCAUGGCGUAUUGUGAGCGUUGCCGUCGCUGGUUUUGUAGUGACCAAGCGCUAUGGCAGCACGAACGCACCUCAAGCUACCACCACUUCUGCGCCGCGUGCGACAGGGACUUCGUCUCCGAAACCGCUCUUACGCAACAUUAUAUGAACAGUUCUCGGCAUACGUACUGCACCCUGUGCUCAGAGCUCAUUGACGACUUGGACAUGUCGUUGAGCGAACAUUAUGAAGAAGCGCACUACAAAUGCCCGGGGUGCCACCUGGUGUACAGAGAUAGAAAGUCGAUGCUUGCGCACUGCGAGGAGGAGCACGCAGAUCGCUGGUGCAUCCCAUGCAAGCGAAUGUUCAUAAAUGCGAACAAUCUCCGCCAGCACCAGCGGUCCGCAAUCCACCAACCCGCCACCAUCCGUUGCCCUAUGAAAGGCUGCGGGAAAUUGUUCAUUUCUACCUCUCACCUCGUCCUCCACCUCGAGUCCGGAACGUGCACUUCCGGGAUGACGCGGAAGAUGAUCGACGAUCUCGUUGCUAAAUAUGACAAACGCGGGAUCAUUACUAACCCGGAGCGACUCAUCGAGGGGCCCUCUCGGUCUAGUCCGGACGUUAUUAAGACCUGGGCGACCGAACGCGCGUGGAACGGGUGGGCUUACGAGUGCUACGUUUGCCACAAGACGUUCUCGUCGCUCACCGCCCUCAACGCGCACUUGGGUAGCCCUGUGCACGGGGACAAGCUCUACCACUGCCCGAAGGCCUAUGGUGGGUGCGGGACGGAGUACCGCACGCUCAGUGCCUUCUUACAACACGUGGAGAGCGGACGCUGCGGGGUCAUCCGCUUCCAGGACAAGUUCCGCAAGAUCAUCGAUGAUGUCGCCAAGGGUGGGAGGUUGUUGACAGGGUAUUAGACCCUACGCUUUAUCGACAGGCUUUCCCCGCCAGGCUCAAGACUCAAGGUUUAGGGUUUCUUUCUGUAUUCAUUCGCCUUUAACGCCGAAGCGCUCGCAAAGUUGGAUUUCACAAGCGCUGUACUCAUACGCCACUUGUCUGCAUGACGGAACAACGGAUUUGUUGUAUUCUUAGACAAUCACAUCUUAUUCU